CCGUCCCCCGAGCCUUGCUCCUUCCGAUCCGCUUCAACAGCCCCGGAUUACGUAGCUCUAGCUCACUUCUUCCUCAUUGGAACAUCUCUGAUCGGUGGAUCUUUCUCUACGGCGGAGAGAUGGAGGAAGCCCGGGAAUCCGAUUUUCGGAAAGUGGAAUCGAACUCGUAUAUGGACGCCGACGACUUGGACCUCUCGCGGCUGCUCGACAAGCCGAUGCUAAUCAUCGAGCGGAAGAGGUCGCUGGAUGAGCGAACAAUUAGCGAGAUCUCUAUAGCCGGAAACUUUAGGAAUGUUGAAAGUUACGAAAACAUGUUCUCGCCUAUGGCAUCAGGGGCGGGAUGGAACACUCCAGCUUCGUCAACUCCUCACGCUUUGGAAACCGUCCCAAUGGUGAGCGAAGCCUGGGAUGCUCUACGCCGCUCGUUGGUGUAUUUCCGCGGCCUCCCGGUUGGAACCAUGGCCGCUUUUGAUAACCAAUCUGAAGAAGUCCUAAAUUAUGAUCAGGUGUUUGUGCGUGAUUUUUUUCCAAGUGCGAUGGCUUUUCUUAUGAACGGGGAAUCUGAUAUAGUUAAGAACUUUUUAUUGAAAACUCUGCAACUUCAAAGCUGUGAGAAGAGGAUAGACCGCUUUAAGCUUGGUGAAGGAGCUAUGCCAGCCAGCUUCAAGGUUCUUCACGAUCCCAUUCGGAAAACUGAUACCAUAGCUGCAGAUUUUGGCGAGAGUGCCAUUGGAAGAGUUGCUCCUAUUGAUUCUGGCUUUUGGUGGAUUAUACUUCUUCGAGCCUAUACAAAGUCAACUGGAGAUAUAUCUUUGGCUGAAUCAUCAGAAUGUCAGAAGGGGAUGAGGCUUAUACUAUCCUUAUGUUUGUCUGAGGGUUUUGACACAUUUCCGACCUUACUAUGCUCUGAUGGUUGCUCCAUGAUAGAUCGAAGAAUGGGUAUUUAUGGUUACCCCAUUGAAAUCCAAUCUAUUUUCUUUAUGGCACUGAGAUGUGCUUUUUCAAUGCUGAAACAUGAUACAGAGGGAAAAGAGUUUAUAGAACGAAUAGUGAAACGUUUACAUGCUCUAAGUUAUCACAUGCGGACUUACUUCUGGCUUGACUUUCAACAACUUAACAUCAUCUACCGUUACAAAACAGAAGAGUAUUCUCACACAGCAGUUAACAAGUUCAAUGUCAUUCCUGAUUCUAUCCCAGAUUGGUUGUUUGAUUUCAUGCCAACUCGUGGUGGUUACUUUAUUGGAAAUGUGAGUCCAGCAAGAAUGGACUUCAGGUGGUUUGCCCUCGGUAAUUUCUUCGCCAUCUUAUCUUGCCUUGCUACUCCUGAGCAAUCUACUGCUAUUAUGGAUCUUAUAGAAGAACGUUGGGAGGAGUUGGUUGGUGAGAUGCCCUUGAAGAUUAUUUAUCCUGCCAUUGAAGCACAUGAGUGGCGAAUUGUGACAGGUUGCGAUCCAAAAAAUACCAGAUGGAGUUACCACAAUGGCGGAUCAUGGCCAGUGCUUCUAUGGAUGUUGACUGCAGCAUGCAUUAAGACAGGGCGGCCACAGAUUGCAAGAAAAGCACUUGAUCUUGCAGAGGUCCGACUAUUAAAGGAUGGCUGGCCAGAGUACUACGAUGGAAAGUUAGGACGCUACGUAGGCAAGCAAGCUAGAAAGUUUCAGACUUGGUCCAUUGCAGGCUAUUUGGUUUCGAAGAUGAUGCUGGAGGAUCCCUCUCAUGUGGGGAUGGUCGCCCUUGAAGAAGACAAGGCAAUGAAGCCAGUCUUGAGGAGGUCUGCCUCAUGGACCUGUUAGAUUGAAGAAACCGUGUACGCCUCUGCCAUUAUUUCCUGCUGAAAAUUUCAUCAAAUUAUUUCAUUCUUUACUUUUCAAAUAGGAAAGCUGUGUUGUUUUGGCCCAGCUAUUUCAUGUACAAUACAAUUUUUUUUUGGUUAUAUUGAUACUUAUUAAAUGAUAGGGCAUUUUUAGGAGAAAUAGGGUGA